AUGUCUCUGAAGGCGUCGAGUUCGGGCAAGAAUUUGAUACUUCCAGUAUCGGAUUCUCCAAAAGACCUGGAGAGAGAGAGACUCGUCGGAGACGAUAACGAUGAGAAGCUUUUCAGAGGAUCCGCCAUGACCAGACGUGGAGCCUACGCUGCAAUCUCUUACAUGGCCUGCGCAGUGUUAUUGGUGAUGUUCAACAAAGCAGCUCUCUCUUCUUAUAAAUUUCCGAGUGCAAAUGUUAUCACACUCUUUCAGAUGAUAUGUUCAUGUGGUUUUCUCUAUGCCUUGAGACGCUGGAAGAUGAUUUCUUUCACCGUAGCUGAAUCUUUGACCAUUUCUGAUGACAAUAUCACAACACUUGUACCGUUAAAGACAUUGAAGAAAACCCUUCCUCUUGCCGGAGCCUAUUUGCUGUACAUGCUAGCCUCCAUGGAGUCUGUCCGUGGAGUAAAUGUUCCCAUGUACACCACCCUCAGGAGGACUACUGUGGUAUUUACAAUGGUUAUGGAGUAUAUUUUGGCUGGGCAAAGAUAUACAUCUCCUAUUGUUCGAAGUGUUGGACUGAUCGUUCUUGGUGCAUUCAUUGCUGGAGCUCGGGAUUUGUCAUUUGAUGCCUAUGGCUAUGCUGUUGUUUUCUUAUCUAACAUCACAACAGCAGUAUAUCUUGCAACCAUAGCCCGUAUUGGGAAAUCCAGUGGCCUUAAUAGCUUUGGCCUAAUGUGGUGUAACGGAGUCAUAUGUGGGCCGGCUUUGCUGUUUUUGACUUUUAUUCGUGGUGACUUGAAGACGACAAUCGAUUUUCCUUAUCUGUUUUCACCUGGUUUUAUGGCUGUCUUGCUUUGUUCCUGUAUACUGGCAUUCUUUUUGAAUUACAGCAUAUUCCUGAACACAACUCUAAAUUCAGCGCUCACACAGACAAUUUGCGGCAACUUGAAGGAUUUUUUCACCAUUGGACUUGGCUGGAUGCUAUUCGGUGGCCUUCCAUUUGAUAUUUUGAAUGUUAUUGGGCAAUUUCUGGGUUUCCUUGGUUCUGGAUUGUAUGCCUACUAUAAGCUCAUAGGGAAGUAA